AUGCCGAAGAUCUGGCGUGUCUAUGAUAGAGUGAGAGGGAUUGCACUCUCAUCGGAGAAGUUCCAGUUUGUCUUUAAGAGAGAGGAUGAUAUGGAAACAGUGUUAAAGGAUAGACCUUGGUCUUUCAACCAUUGGACCAUGCUGAUAGAUAGGUGGGUUCCUUCCCCGCCGAAGACUUUUCUGUCGACUGUGGAUGUGUGGGUGAGGAUUCAUCACAUUCCAAUGAACUACUAUACGCUGGACACAAUGGAUUUCCUGGCAAGAAAGAUUGGAAAAGUUAUUGAGAUUGCUUACGAUCCAAAUGUUUCUCAGAAGGACACUUUCAUCCUAGCUCAGGUGAGGCUUGAUAUUGCGAACCCAACAACAGCAACACAUGUUCUUAAUAUACCGUCUGGUGGUCAAGUAAUGAUCGAGUUUGAAUAUGAAAAACUCCGGAAGAGGCCUGACUGCCCCAUGCUUCACAUCAAGUCCCCCCGAGCUGCAGCAUCUGUAAAUUCUUCCAAGGAGAAAGUAGUCAAUACUGUCAUUGCCCGUGGACAGCAGGAACUCGGUGUGUACCUUUCUGUUCCUCCUGGUUUUGAGCCUUUGUUCCCUGAGCUACCACCAGAGGAAAGAGCUAUGGCAAUGCAGUAUAUCGCUCAUAGUGAUCCUACAGAACGCCAAGCUCGGAUUGUGAGAGUUCAGCAGUCUAUCUUGACAGAAGGUGUACCUGAGUGGGUUGACAUGCCAAAGAUUAGCCAUGAUCUGUUUAAAGAUAACAGUCUUGUCUUCGGCUUUGAACUUCAGAGUGGUCUGCAAAGUGGUAUGCCUCAGAAGGGUGAUCCUCGCUCCGGUACUGGCUCUCUUCCGUUAAGUUUUCGUUCUCAGAGGAGAUGUGCUCCUGUGGAGAAUGAGGUGUCGAGUUCUUCUUCCUCCUGUGAUCCACUGGUCUUUAGGAUUGGCUCAUCUUUAGAGGGCCGCUCCUCCGGGACCAAGUCUUCAGGGAAUAAGAAUGGGACGCGACCUCAGCGAUGGAAGCGCUUGGCAGGAAAGAAAGCGGGUGAUUCGGUGGUGCAGCGUCCUUCUGGUGUGGUUAUCAGGGAGGAGUCUCAUUGA